GUGCUGAUGGCGCCGCUCAUCCAGCUGCCGCCUGCACUGCUGCCGCCCCGGGUGCUGCUGCCGCUCCUGCAGACCGCCGCCGUGCUGUUCCCUAGGGGCCGCAUACCGGGUAGCAGCGCGGUGCAGUUGGAGCAGUGGAAGGCGGCCUUCGGGGACGCUAGCUUUGCGGAGGCUGCCCACACCGACCCCCUGUUCACACUAGACGCCCCCCGGCUGCACCUGCUGCGGCUGCUGCCGGUGUGGGACGAGCUGCACUCGCACCUGCAGGACAUCACCACACCCUUCCUGGUGCUCCACUCCCCGGACGACCCACGCACAUGCGCGGCGGGCAGCCGGGAGCUGCUCCAGCGAGCGGCCAGCAGCGACAAGGAACUGAUGCUGGUUCCGGAGGGCCGUCACAUGCUGUUUCAAGACCAGCCGGAUGUGACUGCCAGGGUGGUGACGCACGUGGCAAAGUGGCUCAUCACGCGAUGCUGACGGGAGGAGAGCAGCCGGGGAGGGGAAGCACUACCAGGAGUAGUUAGAGUUACAGUUACAGUCUGUACGCGUGUACAGUGUGUCCGUACGAGCAAGGGGGCCCAAGGACACAAGGAGCCCGGCGAUGGCGCUGACCAUGCAUUGUGGUGAUAGAAGGGAAUAUGGUGAAUGGACUAACACGGUCCAGUGCACUGCACGAUUGCCAAGGAGACUACCGGUAAUUGGAGCGGCUGAAGUACGUUAGUGACGGUGAAAGGGCCCGCAUGUAUGCUUGCCAGGGACUAUUACCUUGCACGGUUGAUUAUCGACUGACAUUGUCUGCAGUACGUACAUGUCUUUGCGAAGCGAGUUAUGCUAGUGAGUCUUACGGUGACGCAGGAGCCAUUGUGCGGUGAAUACGGUGUAGGGCCCUCCUGCCCUAUCCUACCGCACAACCCCACGAACCAUUGCGGUCAAGAGGUGCGACGAAAGCGACUAUCAGCAGGAAGGACG